UGACUUCAAUGAGGCAGGCCUAAAAUACAACCUGUGCAUACCACUGAUCAUGUAUGUGUUCUCAGUGGGCAGUCUGCAGCAGGAGCUCUUUCCCUCUCUUCUUCCUCAACACUCCUGGAGAUCCUGGAAGCCAUCAAACAUCCCACGACAGGGGUACAGCUGCUUCCAGAACAAAAGGGCCUACCAAUCAACUGCUUCAUUAGUGCCGAGGUCGUUCAUUGGCUUGUCAACAAUGUGGAGGGCAUGGCCACUCAGGGAAUGGCUGUAGAUAUCAUGCAGAAAAUGCUGGAUGAAGGUUUGGUGGCUCACGCUUCAGGAGAUGCCAUGCGCACGUUUGUCUAUGGAUUCUACUUCUACAGGAUAGUGGGAGAGAAGGAUGGUCCAACCUCCCCGCCCCCUCCCUCUGCGUCUGUAGGGUGGUCUACUGCAGCACGGGAGGACUUUGCCAUGUUCCAGAGGAAAUGGUUUGAGGUGGCUUUUGUGCUGGAGGAGCCUCAAGCUUGCAACCUCCCGGCCUUUUUAUUGCCCUGGUUGCCCAGCCGGCCAGCCUCUUACGCAAGUAGGCACAGCUCCUUCAGCCGCAGCUUUGGAGGACGCAGCCAGGCUGCUGCACUGCUAGCUGCUACUGUCCCCGAGCAGAAGACGGUCACUCUUGACGUGGAUGUAAACAACCGCAGUGAUCGGACCGAGUGGUGCAGCUGUUAUUACCAUGGAAACUUCUCCCUGAAUGCUGCCUUUGAGAUAAAGCUUCACUGGAUGGCCGUCACUGCUGCUGUGCUCUUUGAGAUGGUUCAAGGCUGGCACAGGAAAGCAGCCUCCUGCGGCUUCCUGUUGGUCCCUGUGCUGGAGGUUCCCUUUGCACUGACCUCUUACCUUUAUGGAGAUCCACUGAGGGCCCAGCUCUUCAUUCCUCUGAACAUCCACUGUCUGCUGAAGAACAGCAGUGACAACCUGUUUGAAGGUUUUGAACCAGAGACGUACUGGGACAGGAUGCAGCUCUUUCAGGAGGCCAUACUGUACCGAUUUGGAUUUGUGCACGACAAGUUUUCUCCUUCUGCUUUUAAUUUUCCUUCUGAGAACAAGCCCCAGUACAUCCAUGUAACAGGAACUGUUUUCCUGCAGCUGCCGUACUCCAAAAGGAAGUACUCGAGCGGCCAGCAGCGCAGACGCAGAAACUCUACCACCUCCAACAGCCAGGGGGCGUUUGGCGGCGAGGAGCGGGUUGGUUAUUACUGGGCGUACAACACCAUGCUGACCAAGGCUUGGAGGACGGGCGUGCUUGGUGAUGAGCGGCUGGCUGAGCGCCUCCUCAGAGACUUCACUGACUUCUGCAUCAAUAAGGACAAUAGACUGCUCAACUUCUGGGACAGCUGCCAGGAGAAGAUGAAUGCCAGCGCACCUUGAUGGGAGGAGAGACAACUGAGGGGAUACAAAAAUGUAGUGGAGAAUCAAAAAACGACUUUGUUAUCCAACACACUGUACCACUGUUCAGUGGAAAAGAAGUGACUUUGAACCCUCCAAGAAUGAAGCCCUGAUCGCUUUGGAAUAUUACAAUAAUAUUACAAUAUUACCUGAUGAUGGAAAUCUAAGUAUUAAAUAUCAAAGAGAUUCUGCCACAGUAUUUAGUUUUCUCCUUAUAAAGACAUCUAUUCUUUAAAAUGUUUUAUAAUUAUUAUUCCAAUGCUCAGAAAUGAUUGUUCCUAAGAUUAAAUACAUUUUUGCUUUGG